UUGGUGCAGAAAAGACAGCCAUGGUACUAUCGUGGAAAGCUAGCCGGAAUGCAAACGCUCUACGAUGGCCUAACGUUCCUGACUGUCCUUGGCGGUGGACAUAUGGCAGCAGAGUGGCGCCGACCGCAAAUGCAAUUUGCCGUUAAAAGAUUCCUGUCGAAGGAAGGAAUUUCUGACUGA